CUAAAGUGCCAUGUCAACCUCAACUAUGGCGCCUGACAUAUUGUUAUGUUAGUUCAAAGUCGCUGAAGAUUUUGGGAUAUUUUCACAUUUCUAACAAGUUUAUGUGACUUUUUUUUUCUAUAUAUAUAUUUUUUUCAUUUUGAAUCAUGACUUCACUUCAUUUUGUCGUCCAUCCAUUACCAGGAACAGAUGAUCAACUCAAUGACAGAUUAAAAGAAGUUGCUGAAAAGAUUAGUCGAUAUGGCUUCACAAGUCCUCCUGCUCUGUCAUCUCUACGAAACUUAGUUAUAACACAGUGUGUUUUGGGACCCAAUUAUGUAGCUCUUUUACUGGAAGACAGUCGAGUUUGCCGAGUACAUUUCAAUGUUCUUAAUGAGAGAUUGGAUUUAAAUAAGAAUGAUAAUAAAACGAAACCUGACAAAAGUGAAAAGACAGAACGCACAGCAGCAAGGAGCAAUACGUUUGUGGUUGAGAGCCCUCUUGUGUUGGUAUCUGAUGCUUUUGGAUCUUCAGCGCCACAGCCAUCUGGGCGAUGGGGCUCUGGCUCCUCAAAUUCUGCCUCCCGUAGUAAUAAUAACCAACAGGGUUAUAACAGAAUGGCCAGAGCAGUUGUGAACAGAGGUCGACGUUCAGGGGUUAUUGUUGGAGCUCGACCCUUAGUACCAGCUUCUGUUGUUCCUGAAGAACUCAUAAAUCAGUGUCAAGUUGUAUUGCAAGGAAAAUCACGCAACCUGAUAAUUCGUGAACUACAGAGAACCAAUUUGGAUGUUAAUCUAGCUGUGAAUAAUUUGUUAAGCCGAGAUGACGAGGGAGAAGAGAAUGAAGAAGAUAGUCAGGAUUCUUACAUGCCAGUGCGUUCAUCUGUUUCAGAUGAUCUGAUCUCACUACUAGACGCAGGUGCAGAUCAUCCAAGCGUGGUCAUUGAUGCUGAUGUCAUGUUCAAUGAAGACAUGUUUGGCUACUCAUCCUUGCGCAGCAGAGGGUCAGGUGCUCGAUCCAGGCUUGCUGGUGAAAGGGAACGUGAUAUUGAUAGAGAUCGAGAUCGGGAGUCCAUAUUUCGUAUUAGAGAUCGACGGCGACUGAUGGAGAGCUCUUUACGAGAAGAAAGCAUGAAAGCUCUUGAUAGUAAAAAUGACUCCGUCAUUGGUGAAAACAAAAAAGCUGUUACUAGUCCUCCUCCAAGUCCUUUAAUUUUUGGAGAAGAUUUGCAAUUUUGGACUGAGAAGGAUGGUAGUUUCCCCAAAUUUUCUCACAUAGCUGCAAUGCAUUCUGAACUUGUAGCUGUAAGCACAAAUGGUUGCCUCUAUGGUUGGAAAUGGUCAGAUCCAGAGCCUUACCGUAGUUCAGAGAACACUUCAAAUCAUCAUCCAAAAGCUGCUGCUUUAGGACUAACAGGUGAAAAAAUAGUUGGUCUUUCAGCGUGUUCAGUGAGAGCUUCAGUAUUCUUGGAGUCUGGUAAAGUGGCUACAUGGGUUGAUGACAGCCUUAACAUUGUUGCUGCCAAACUAGAACAUCCAGCUCAGACAUUCCCUGAAUUUCAGACAGACAAAAUAGUUUCCCUGCAUACUUGUUCUCUCUACACAUGUGCUCGAUUAGAAAGUGGUGCAUUAUAUUGGUGGGGUGUCAUGCCAUUUGGUCAAAGGAAGAAAUUGCUUGAGAAGAACAAAUCAAAAAAGAAAAAAAAUAAAGACAGCAGCGUUAACAAUGAAGUUGUAGCUGGGUCUUUGGUUUGUUUGCGUAGCAGUCCUAUGUAUCACUCAGGGGCAUUGGGAUUUACCACUGUUGAUGGUGUUCCAAAAGUUGGUCAGCUGAUGGAAUCAGCAUGGUCGUUGAAUGAUACCUGUCGUUUCAAGAUAAUCCGGGUGUCAGUUAGUGAUGUGAAGGUGGAGACAAAAGUCGAAAACAAAAGCUCUGACUGUAAACCAGAUAUGCCUCCCCCUCCAUCACCAGCUUCAUCUACAUGUAGUGAUCACAGUGGAACAUCCAUUGUUAGUCCAGUAUCUCUCAAGCGUAAGAAAACUCCUACACCACUCAAGGAGAUGGAGAAAAAAGAUGAAGAAAACUGGCCUUUGAAGACUGUAAUAUUUGUUGAAGAUAUUAAAACAGUUCCUAUCGGAAAAGUGCUCAAAGUUGAUGGUGCCUAUGCUGCUAUAAAAUUCCAGCCCAAAGAAACUGAUCAGAUGGGAUCAGCGUCCAAAGAAGAUCCUUCAGCUGUGCUGCAAGAUUGUCGGCUGUUGCGAAAAGAUGAAUUGCAGGUACUCAGAGGAUCAAGUGCUCCUCGGAUACCAGACUGCUUUCAGAAGAUUCCUAAGAAAGUGACCAUUGUUGAAAAUGGACAGAUUUUAGCUGUUGCUGUGGAUUGUGAAGGCAUUCAUGUGAUUGCUCGAUGUGGAGCCCGUCUCAGUUAUAUGGUUUACAAUCUUAGUUCUGGUAAAGUAGAACAAAACAGCCCUUUUCCAACCGACACCCAGUCUUUCCUUGGCAAUUUCGACCGACCAAUUACUCUGCAUAACAGUGGUGAGGAAUCUCCAGUUUUGUUACGUGAUGGUUGUGGAGCUAUUUAUCCUCUGGCCAAAGAUUGCACUGAUGGCAUACGUGAUCCAUUGUGGCUUGACCUCCCACCUGUGCGUUGCCUCAGUGUUCGAGCCCAGUGUCUUUCCAAUGUAGCCAGUAAUAUGAAGAACAAAGCUGUGAUUAUUGUCUUAGCUGUAGAGCAUCAAAUGCUAAUUCCCCAUAUUCUUCGAUGUGAUUUGGAGAAGGUUAGAACUAUUAUGAGUUCUAUGGAGCCAGAACAUAAUGCUUCCACUUCAUGUGGUAGUCAGCAGAGUCAAAGAACAGUUCAAGAAGUGUUGACAGAAAGAUGUGAUGGUAGCCGCAACAUCCUCCAUACUUGUGUUGCAGUUUGUGUCCCAUCGUCAAAUAAAGACUGUGAAUCAGAGUCUUCAAGCACGGGAAAUUACAACCCAUGUUUGGAUACGUUCAAUGCUGUCAGUAGCGCAGUUGAGACGCUGGCUUCUAUUCAGGCUCGGGGGACAGACUCUACAAAUCGUGGUGUCAGUCUCCGGGAGAUGAUGAGAAGAGCAUCAACAACUGCUCGUGCUGUUAGUGGUCUUGAUGUACGGGAAUCGGAUUCUAUUGCAAUUCCUACACUAAGCUGGCCGACAGAUCCACCAGGAUUUGAUGCUCUCAGAGCAGAUAAUGAACGUUCAAGUUUAUCUCGACAAUCAUCAAGUGGCUUUUCUACUGCUAUUGGCAAUGUUCAAGAACAUAGCACAAUAUCAAUGCCUCCUGUUAAAUUAGAAGAAAAAGAUAGAAAAUAUAAUGCACUUCAAAUCCUGAAGCUUCUGUGCGAAAGCCCUGCUUUACAACCUCAUCUGUUGGAGCUUCUCUCUGCCAAAAAUGCUGAAGGCUGUACACCAUUUAUGCAAGCUGUAUGUGGUCGGGCCUAUUCUGCUGCUCUUUUACUUAUGGAUAUCGCUAAAAAAGUGGCCUUGAAAGACAAAGAAGUUGACAAAAAUGUGCUUAUGACAAUGUUAUAUCCUACUGGAUCAAGCCUAGACAAUUCUCCUCUCCAUGUGUUAUGUUGUAAUGACACAUGUAGUUUCACAUGGACCGGUGCAGAACAUAUUAAUCAAGAUAUAUUUGAAUGUCGAACUUGUGGUCUCGUUGGCUCCCUAUGUUGUUGCACUGAGUGUGCUCGUGUAUGUCACAAAGGACACGAUUGCAAACUGAAGCGAACUUCGCCAACUGCAUACUGUGAUUGUUGGGAAAAAUGUAAAUGUAAAGCUUUGAUUGCUGGCAACCCAACUGCACGGCUUGAAUUGUUAAAUCGACUUCUAUCAGAAACUGAAUUAGUAACUCUACCAAACAGCAGAGGAGAGAACAUUCUGUUGUUUCUUGUCCAAACAGUUGGACGCCAACUGAUUGAACAGCGAUCUUGCCGACCCCCAAGAGCUAGAAUGGGAGGUCCUAGAAAAAACCCCGUUUCUGAGAUUGCUGAUAUUGAAAUGCCAGAACAUGAUUUAGAGCCACCACGCUUCAGUAGACAAGCUUUGGAAAAAAUUCUUGAAAAUUGGACUGCUGUAAAAGCCAUGCUGCUCUGUGGUAGAAAGGAACACUUAUCCAGCCCCGAUAUCCUGUAUGAAGAACAGGUGUAUUUAGAGAGUCAAGGAGGAACUGCUAGACUUGAUAAAUUCACACACUGUUUAUUACUCAAAUGCACAGGUGUUGAUAUGCUGGACACGUUAUUGACAACAUUGAUCCGAGAAAUUCAGAACAAUAAUGUUGAAGGUAGAAAAACUGAGGCUAAACUUGUUGCAAGACGAUUUCUGCGAUCAGUGGCUCGCAUCUUUGUAGUUUUGAAUGUUGAAAUGGUGCCAUUAUCUGGGAAAAGAAGAAGCACUGGUACCAUCCCUUGUCAAGCAAUUUACAAAUGUAAACGUGCAUUUCAAGCUCUUAUUACAAUUGCCAUUGAAGAACUAUGUGAGAUAGCUAACUCAUUGAUUGCACCUGUCCGUAUGGGUGUGGCUCGCCCAACAGCUCCCUUUAAUCAGCUAAGUGCUAGCAUUGAAGCAAUACAGGGAAGUGAGGAAAUCUUCAGUGUGGACCCAUUACCACCAAGGCCUUCAUCUGCUGAUCAUGACUCUCAACCUAUGGCAUACAUCCCUCGUAGUGGUUCCCCGCAGCCUAUGGAACAAGGAGAAAGAGCUAGAGAACGAGAUGAGGAUGAAAUGAUAUCAGGAGAUGUAGAAGAGGUUGAAGUAGUUGAAGGCUUAGUAGGUGAUGAAGAUCAGUCGGAUCGACAUUCUGAGCGAGAAGAGGAGCACCAAUCUGAUCACUCGGACCAAGAACAACCACAGCAGGAACCAGAUGAAGCUGGUGGUGAAAGUGAUAUGGAUUUAGACCUUCUGGCUGAAUCUGAAAGUGAUAGUGAGAGCAGUCACAGCAAUCAAGACAACACAAGUAUCCAACGUAGUGCUGUGACUGUAGCCACUGCUGGAUCUGAUGCAGGUCUUGGAAGUUUGGCUUAUUUUUCUGAGGAUUCAGGUGAAUCAUCUACCCAAGAUGAUGAUGAUGAUGAAAGUGAAGCUGCUGAAAGUGAAGAGCCAGAUGCUGAUGAGUUACCUUAUCCUGAUGAACAAUUAGAACGUCGUAGCAAUGCUGGUUCCCAUGGGCAAAGGACUUUACAAGCCCCUCAAACCAUGCAAUGGGCCAUUCGUCAACGAGAACCUCCAGCUAACCGAACUCAAACAAGUACUGGCAAUACAUCCACAACAGGAACUUUACUUAAUGCAGGUGGUAGUGGGUUGAUAUACAUCGACCCAUCUACAUUCCGCCGUACUUCCACUGUUACGACAAGCACCAGUGCCAGUCAAGAAAGUGUUGUUACCAUGGCUACAACAGCAAGUCAGCUGGCACGAGCAUUUGGCAUUGUAGUACGUCAGAUUGCUGAUUUGAUGGCUAUGUUGCAAGACUACCACACUUUGGCUCCGAAUCUCCGAAGAAUAUUGGAAAUCACUGAGCAAGAUGCUCUUGAACAACAGAAUUAUUUAAAUCGUCAUCUGAAACCAACAUGGGAUUGGCUGAUUACAGUUAUGGAUUCUACAGAAGCCCAGCUUCGGUUUGGUUCUGCUCUUAGCAACAGUACAGACCCUGCUAGUCCAAGUCACCCACUACAUUCAAAUUAUGUCCGAAACUUGCGCGAGAGAUCUAAUCGAGAAGAGCAGAGAGUUUCCCAAGUUUUGGAUAACCGACGAAGAACACGUUUUGGAACAUUAGCUGCAUCUGAUGGUAAUUCCGCACGCCGGGAUUUUCUCAACUAUGCAUUAUCUCUAAUGAGGGCUCACAAUGAUGAACAUUCGGACAGCCUACCAAUUAUUGAUAUUUCUGCCCUGAGACACGUAGCUUAUGUCUUUGAUGCUUUGAUUUACUUCCUCCGAAGUGGGACGGAUACCGAUACUGAAGUGCUGAGAGAUGGAAUCUCCGUUCAUUCUUGGCAAGACCAUGACCUAAACGACAACGAGGAACAUGACGAUGAUCCGAUGAGUAGUGUGGCCUUAGAUGCUGAAAGUGUUGAUGGUGACAGUGAUGCUGGUGGACGUACGGGACGAAAACAUCCAUUCUUUCAACGUUCCGAUUCCACCAUUUUCCUCGGAUGUCCACCACCCGAUCCGUUUAGUAUUCCUCUCAUUGAAGCUCUCCCACUUGCUGAUCUUCCACAUUUGCUUCAACCCAAUUCACGACGAGAAGAUUUAUUUGGAAUUGCCCGCCAAGCCAUCCACCCAACAGACGCGAGUGAGUCGAGUGCAGAUGUCAGUGGUGGAACGCCUGCUAGUUACAGUGCCAACGUCUCAGGGAGUAUAUCGACCAAUUCUUUUGAAAAAAAAAUGCCUGUUCACCUGUCAUUGUCCCUACGUUUACAAGAUACACAGAACACAGCUUCAUCUACUGUGGAAGCUUCAACAUCGACAUCUGAUAGGCAGGAAAUAGUAAGUACCAGCGUCAUUGUAAAACCAACAGCUCAAACAGGGGCCACAUCAAAUCCACCUGUCACAACUGCUACUUUCUCUACAAUAUCAUCCACUUUAAGUACUUCAACACCAUCUUCUGGGCUAGAAACGACUGUUGUUUCUAGCACUAGAGCUGCUGCCACAUUGAUGACUGCUCCUGGACCUACAGCUAUGGAGACAUCAGAAAUAGAUUCUCAUUCUCAACACACUCUGCUCCAGUCUCUGGCUAACAGUGCCACUUCGUUAUGUGUGUCUUCAUCUCAGGCUGCUGUGCAACUGCCACCCCCGCCCCCGCCGCCGCCACCUCCUCAGCAGCAGCAGCCUCCCAGCUCUGUUUCUCUAUCUACACAACAAGCCAGCGUGAUAGUACAUGCCAGCUCUGCCCAGAGCAGCUGCAACGCCCCCACUGUUAUGUCGACAGGACCCGUCUUUGCCGUCAGUAGCAGUGUUGCUAAUAACAAUAGCAGUAACAACAACCGUGCUAUAGUGGUGAUGCCGUCAGACUCUAAUUCUAAUGAAAUGGUAACUGCCCUAGCUGCAGCACCACAAACCACAACUCUUCAACCUGGAAGUACCUCUCCUUUGGCUGUUUCUACAUCGACUCCUGUCAACCAAAAUAAUCCUACUUCUUCGGCCGUUAAUGCCCUAGCUCCAGUUUCUGAUGUUUCCACCCAACAACCGAGACCAGGGCUUUCUGUGACAACCCCUUCUGAUUCAUCAGUUGCUAUUGCUGACAGUAAUAUGCUAGAAAUUGUACCAGGAACAUCUGAUGCCCAAGUAGAUUUAGUUGGUGCCAAUGAAAACGUGUCAAAUACUGUAGUAAUUGAAACUUCCCAAGCCCCAUCAGCUGGCGGAGGAGUAUGUAGACCACAGAAUGCCAUUGGUCAACAAGUAUCACAUGACAUCUUGUUAGGGAGAUGGCGAUUAUGCUUGGACCUAUUUGGUAGAGUAUUUUGUGAUGAUGUUGGUGCGGAACCUGGAUCUGUGAUACAUGAAUUGGGGGGCUUUCCUGUUAAAGAAAGCCGGUUCAGAAGAGAAAUGGAGAAAAUCAGAAAUUCACAACAGAGAGACUUAUCAUUAGAGGUAAAAUCACGUUUUAAUUACUCUGAAUUGUUAAUUAUUUAAAUCAACCCCAAAUGUUCCUUUGUUA